AUGAAGGUCGCCACCAUCACCUGCGCCCUGGCCUUCGCCCUCUCCGCAGUCGCCGCCCCCGAGCCCAACAUUUACCCCCCCAAGAAGACGUGCCCGACCAACGCCGUCCAGCCCGACGGCAGCCUCGGCAAGUCCUUCGUGAGCACCAGCCUGCUCGUGCCCAUCGCCAAAAGCAAGCCCAACUACGCCUUCCCGGCCACCAAGUGGGCGCAGGUGACCCCCAAGGACGUCUGCACCGUCUUCAACCUCGACCUGCCCGUCGCCAAGACCCAGGGCAAGAUCUGCAACCUCGUCUUUGACUUCCCGACCAAGGAGCAGGCCCCCGGCGAGUUCUACUUCAAGGGGCCCGGCACCUUCAAGUUCACCGGCUACGCCAUCGGCGUCGGCGCCGUCGCCGGCCAGACGACGUACAACCGCCAGCCCGCCGCCGGCCCGAGCCCGCCGAACCCGCCCCCGACCAUGACCCCGGGCCACAGCUACAUCAUCAACAGCGCCCCGUGCGGCAUCCCGGCCGACGUGCCCGGCAGCGUGACGGUUUCCGGCAGCCUCUGCUCGCCGGACACCACCUUUUCCUUCUACCAGAGCAACGAGGGCUGCCCGCUCGGCUUCUUCGUCGUCCUGACGGAUGCCUGA